ACGUAGGAGGAAGAAGAAGACGCCAUUAGAGGCAGGCAGGGAGGGCCACCCCGGACAGCAGGAGUGCGGCCUCGGCUUGUUCUUCUUCCGCUCCUCCUCGGUUCGGUCUGUCUUUAGCGCCUUCUGUCAGAAUUGGAGCGGGGUGCGGCUGUCGCUGAUGUGAGGCCGCGACAGUAGCGGCGGGCACUUCGCGGCGGAUGGCGGCAGCGGCGGCUUCUGGCGCAGGAGGCGGCGGCGCUGCUGGCGGGCGGAGCUUUUCCUUCAAGGUGGUGCUGCUCGGGGAGGGCUGCGUGGGGAAGACGUCGCUGGUCCUCCGUUACUGCGAGAACAAGUUCAAUGACAAACACAUCACCACCCUACAGGCAUCCUUUCUAACAAAGAAAUUAAAUAUUGGAGGAAAAAGAGUCAACCUUGCAAUAUGGGAUACAGCAGGUCAAGAGAGAUUUCAUGCACUGGGUCCCAUUUACUACAGAGAUUCUAAUGGAGCUAUUUUGGUAUAUGAUAUAACAGAUGAAGACUCUUUUCAGAAGGUAAAAAACUGGGUUAAGGAAUUAAGAAAAAUGUUGGGGAAUGAAAUUUGUCUAUGCAUAGUUGGUAACAAAAUAGAUUUGGACAAAGACAGACACGUCUCUAUUCAAGAAGCAGAAACGUAUGCAGAAUCGGUGGGAGCAAAACACUACCAUACAUCAGCCAAACAGAACAAAGGAAUAGAAGAACUCUUUCUUGACCUGUGUAAAAGAAUGAUAGAAACUGCACAAGUUGAUGAGAGAGCGCGAGGCAACGGCUCCAGUCAGUCAGGAACUGCAAGGCGGGGAGUACAGAUAAUUGAUGAUGAACCACCAAUUCAGAGCAGUGGAGGCUGUUGCUCAUCUGGAUAAUUGUAUAAGACUUUGCAUCAUGCCCCUUUAGUGAAGACUGCCGUAUUCAAAGUCUCAUUCUUUAUCAGUGGAAAAUCGGAAUUAACAGUAUUUAAAAUCAUUUGUAACAAUUCAGAAACCAUUAAGUGCUAAACUAGUGGAGUAUGUGACCAGAGAAUUGGCAUUUUCUACAAUAGUUAACAAAGCAACCAAUGGCCUUUUUACAUAUUUCUUUAAUAAUGAAUAAUAUUGCAUGUGGGAGACCUAUGGCUUCAUUUAUAUUUUAAAUGAGAUCAUUAUUUAAUAACUUAUAUACACUAUUGGAAUGAGACAUUUUUUGCAGCCGUUUGUAUUUUGUGGUAGAUUGAACUGUAUCACUUCAAAACUGCAAAUUGAUUUCUUUUUAAUUAGCAGAUACCUGAAUACUAUUUUUGCAAGGUUGGCAUCAACCUGUAACUGUCCUACUACUUUGAUAUACUCAUCCUGUACUCCAUGCUGGUAAAAUAAAUUGUAAAUUGCAUAUUAAAUAUUUUAUCUGCUUCACAAGUGCAGAUGCAGAAA